AAAUGCAGUGGUUCCUCCUAGUGGCCAGAAACUGUCAGUACAGGAAGGACGUGCAGCAAACUACCGGGUAGGAAAGAGGUCAUUAGCGUGUUCACCACAGGGCUUGAGACAUACAGCGGUUCUCCUUCCGUGCCUUUCAAACACACUUUAACAUUUUUCAAAACACUAUGAACAGGCCAAUCGUGCCGUUGACCUUCUGGUAAAAUUACUGAAAAUGCUCCAUGCGUGUUAUUCUGAGCUAGAAGAUGGCGGAGUCGGAUGGCAGGGAUUUUGCUUCGAAAAAUCCACAGAGCAGUAUGGCUAACAAGAAUAGCACCCUGCGCUGUACAUUCUCGGCCUCGAGCCACAGUACCACCCUCCUCCAGGGCUUGUCGGUCUUGCGUGCUCAGGGCCAGCUACUUGACGUUGUGCUGGCCAUCAAUGAGGAGCACUUCCAGGUCCACAGAGCUGUGCUGGCCGCUUGUAGUGAUUACUUCAGAGCAAUGUUCACUGGAGGCAUGAGGGAGUCAAAUCAAGAUACUAUUGAGCUGAAGGGUCUGUCCGCCCGUGGGCUGAAACAUAUCAUUGACUUUGCCUACAGUGCAGAAGUCACUUUAGACCUAGACUGUAUUCAGGAUGUCCUUGGGGCAGCUGUGUUUCUCCAGAUGGUCCCAGUCAUGGAGCUCUGUGAGGAGUUCCUCAAGUCAGCGAUGAGCGUGGAGACCUGCCUGCACAUCGGCCAGAUGGCCACUACCUUCAGCCUGUCUUCCCUUAAAGAGUCGGUGGAUGCCUUCACCUUUCGCCACUUCCUCCAAAUUGCAGAGGAGGAGGACUUUCUGCAUAUUCCCAUGGAGCGCCUUGUCUUCUUCCUGCAGAGCAACAAACUGAAGAACUGUAGCGAAAUCGACCUCUUCCAUGCCGCCAUCAGGUGGCUCCAGUAUGACGACUCUCGCCGGGCUCAAGCCAGCAGUGUCCUCUGCCAUGUGCGCUUCCCCCUGAUGCGUUCUUCUGAGCUGGUGGACAGUGUUCAGACUGUGAACAUCAUGGUGGAGGACGUGCUGUGCCGCCAGUAUCUCCUCGAGGCUUUCAAUUACCAGAUUCUUCCCUUCCGACAGCAUGAGAUGCAGUCUUCACGGACACUCAUACGUUCGGACGUCCUGUCAAUCAUCACCUUUGGUGGGACACCCUACACUGACAACGACCGCACAGUGAGCACCAAGGUGUACUAUCUCCCAGACAUCACUUCCCGCCAGUUCAAAGAGCUGACAGAGAUGGAGACGGGGUGCAGCCAUGCUUGCGUUGCCGUACUUGAUAACUUUGUGUACAUUGUUGGUGGACAACACUUACAGUACCGCAGCGGCGAGGGGGCGGUAGACAGCUGCUUCCGCUACGACCCACAUCUGAGCCAGUGGGUGCGCAUCCAGCCUUUGCAGGAGGCUCGUAUCCAGUUUCAACUCAACGUGGUGAAUAGACAGAUGUAUGCUACUGGAGGGCGCAAUCGAUCUGGCAGUCUGUCAUCUGUAGAGUGUUAUUGCCCAAAGAAGAAUGAGUGGACUAAUGUGGAACCAUUAAAACGCAGGAUUUGGGGACAUGCAGGGACUCCCUGUGGAGAAAAGCUGUAUAUCUCAGGAGGUUAUGGCGUCUCGUUGGACGACAAGAAAACUCUUCACUGCUACGACCCAAUAUCAGACCAGUGGGACUUCAGAGCUCCCAUGAAUGAACCCAGAGUGUUGCAUGCCAUGAUCAGCACCAAGGAUCGGGUUUAUGCUCUGGGCGGUCGCAUGGACCAUGUGGACCGUUGUUUUGAUGUGCUUGCGGUCGAGUAUUACAUUCCAGAGAACAACCAGUGGACCACCGUCAGUCCCAUGAGAGCAGGUCAGUCUGAGGCGGGCUGCUGUUUACUGGACAGCAAGAUCUACAUUGUUGGCGGCUACAACUGGCACCUAAACAACGUCACAAGCAUCGUGCAGGUGUACAACACAGAGACAGACGAGUGGGAGAGGGAUUUGCACUUCCCAGAAUCCUUUGCUGGCAUUGCUUGUACACCGAUUAUUAUCGCACAAAACACCACAACGCAAACCACCUGACCUGUGAAGAUUUUACUCCAUGUGCUCUUUCUGCCGACCAUUGUGUGUGUGUGUGUGUGUGUGUGUGUGUGUGUGUGUGUGUGUGUGUGUGUGUGUGUGUGUGUGUGUGUGUGUGUGUGUGUGUGUGUGUGUGUGUGUGUGUGUGUGUGUGUGUGUGUGUGUGUGUGUGUGUGUGUGUGUGUGUGUGUGUGUGUGUGUGUGUGUGUGUGUGUGUGUGUGUGUGUGUGUGUGUGUGUGUGGAGGGAAUGGCCUACACCCAGCAGCAUUACUCAGAUUGGUGUAUUAUUUUAAAUCCCAGCAUCCCUAUAUCCCUUUUUGGCAAAUAUGUGUUUAACCCACACAUUAAUGUUAAUGUAUGACACUUUGUAACAAAAAAUUAUCAUCAUUCACUCUGUAUAAGUGUUAUAGUUUUACAAAUGAAGGACUGGAGUUACUGACAGCACAAAUUGUCUCAUGUUUGAAUGAAAGUUUAAUUUGUUUUUUUUAAAGGUAUUAACAGAUUUUUUACUAUGUUAGACAUUAUGAUUGUAGAGUUGUAAAAGCUCUAUUUGUGCGCUUCUUUUUGUGUUCUUUUGUAUUUAUUUACUAUUCAAACAACCAAGAUGACUCAAAAUCUCACUGUUGUAUGUCUCCUCAAAUGCACUAAUCAACAAACCACAAUGCACAGUAAUGAUUGUAGAAAUGGGCAUGAGAAGUGUGUAAUCACAUAUUCCAUGUGGGUGUUAAUGCUUUUGUUUUUUUAUUGCUACUACCCUGACACACCAACUGUUUUCUCAGUCAACAUAACAAACCAGUGGGGACCUUCCAAGGCAGCUACAUAAAUCAUUUGUGUGUGUUGGUGUGUGCUGCUCUUAAUGUGCUACAUCUUGUGUACUUCCCAUGUUUUGUCUUUUGACUAACACAUUAAGGAGGGGGCGGGGUGAUAUUUAAUAAAUGUAGAUGUAAUAAGUAAACUAUUCUCAAAAGAUCAAAUUUCCCCAGAAAAACUUCUUAAACUAUCCAUUUGCCAUGUUUGAAACGGCUAAUGUUUUAUUUUGACUGCAUUGCUGCAUUUUUAAAAGCAGUAUUUAUCUAAUUCUGCUGCCUAAGUUAUAGAUGUACUUAAUAUGUGCAUAAGGAAGAAACAAGCUUAGAGUUCUUGCUUUUCCUUUUUCAAUGUGAUUAUCUACAUGAUGGUGAGGACUCUCCAUUGCAAAACACGUUUUUCCUGUUGCCUUAGUGUGUAUAUGUCUAAUGUUACCUGUACCAGUAAAAGCACAUGAUAUUGUUGAAGUGCAAUACAAGUAAUCUCCUGUUGUCAAAGGGGAAUUUAGACAUUUGUGAAGUUUUAUGUGCACCCAUUUAUUAAAGGUGUAUU